ACUAUCGGUGGUGAUGUUGAUAUUCCAUUAACGAACAAAAGCUUUCUAAUUACCGUAACUUUCAGUUUCUAUAACACCUUGAAAUCCUUCCUUCAAGUUUUCUAUGCCACCUUGAAAUCCUUCCUUCAAGUGUCCUUUAAUAAUCAUUGGGAAACCGAUUUACACUGGGCUGAUCAAGGUCAAAAGAGCGAGCAUGUAGACAAAUUUGUCUUCACCACCGCUUUCAAAAUAGCCAGUUGGAAUGUACGUACAGAGUUGCUACUGAUAUGGAGGAAUAUAACCAGUCAUUAUCCGGAUUUCGAAGCACUAGUUUUUGAUGAGAACAAUUUUUAUUCUGAUCAGAUGCUGGAGCUCCAAACGACCACACUUCAAUCUCUUGGAACUGCAAUACUCACAUUAAUUUCAGUCUGUAUCCUCUUUGUCGCCGAAUCUUCAAUUGUAUUCUGGGUGACGUUCAGCCUGAUCUCUAUGGAUAUCGGUACAGCCGGUUUCUUAUCGCUGUGGGGUGCCGAUUUGGAUCCAACUACAGUCGUCAAUAUUUUGGUGGGAUGAGA